AUGGGAGAAUCGAAAUCGACUCACUCAACAAGAAAAGACUCUUCCUUUCUUGGAAAGUCUUUCAAGAAAUUCUCUCUUGGGGCGAUUGUUGUCCUCUCCAUCGCCGUUGGAAUUCAGCUCUAUCUUGGAACAAGAGUAACGAAUGACGAUGCAGUGCGACAGGAGAAUAUUCUAAAAGGACUUGAAGCGAUUGAGAGAAGUUUUACGCUUCGAUCUCCAGCUCCGUCGGUUUUUGUUGGAUUCGGAAGCUGCGUUGACGUUUUCGCGAAAGCGAUUCCGUUGUUCAAAAAGCUUGGCUUCGCGGAACCAAAUGUGGAAAAAGAACAUGGUGUUCUCAGAAAACAAUCAGAUCUUAUGGAAGAAUUCAUGUUUUAUUUCAAGAAAGGCGCAGCAGCAGAAAGAUACGUAUCAGACAGGGAACUUUUCGAUAAACUAACAGAAACGGCGAAGCAGUCAGAUGAUGUCAAAAUUGCGUUAGGCGGAAAUGCGCCUGUCAUCGCUCAACGAAUCGCGAAAAACGGCGGAAACGUCGUUUUAGGUGCGCAGAAUGCAGCUGACCUACCAAUCGAUUCAAGGGUCGUUCCGUCAGGCCCCUUUGUGGACUCGAGCGACAUUCACUUGAUCUUAGAAUAUGACAAGGAUGAGAAGUUUGAAGAAUCUUCCGCUAGCCGUGCGAAUCGGUUCAUCGUUCAUUCUGAUAGGUACAAUCCUGUCCUGGCAGGACUUCAAAGCUUCAGGAAAGCACUGGAUGAGAGAAAUUCUCCACCAGAAGGGCUCGUUAUAGGAGGCCUGCAGAUGAUGGAGGGCUACGAAUAUCCAGAAAGGAAACGCGAAGAGCACUUUUCGUCGAUCAAAGAGCUUCUUUCGAAAGUGGACGAGAGGACCAGGAUCCAUUUCGAGCUCGCAUCAUUCGUCGACGAGGAAAUUCUUCAGAACAUCAAAGAAAGCGUGAUUCCAUUUUCGGACUCGAUCGGCAUGAACGAGCAGGAAUUGCCAAAUCUGCUCAGUUUGAUGAAGACUGGCAAAGCUAUUUCCGUCUCUGAUGCUUACCCAAGAAUCGCCUCGGUCCUUGAUCAGAUGCGCGAGAUCUACAAGCUCACGAAAGCUCAAAAUUAUCCUCGGCUAUUAUCACGCUUACACGUCCACAAUAUCGCGUUUCAAGCCAUCGCGGUCCGGAAGAGCGCAGGCUGGAGGAAGACCAUGACCGCGACGGCGAUCUCCUCCUUGACGGCGCAUAGACAUGUCUGCCAGACAGACGAUGUCGAUUUGAAAUACGCGGAUGUUUUGUGA